AUGGCAUCUGCUGAAGAAGUGAGAUACGAAAGACUCGAGGCUGGGGGCGACGAUCUCGAAAAUGUGCCAUUGAACGAGAAGCAGGACGCUGCUUUCGCGUCCCGGCUCCCCUGGCGGCAACGUACCUCGUUGAACACACUCGAAAUCGCGAUUCGCGUCGUAUUGGGCUUCUUCCUCGUACUCAGCUUGCUCAAUAUUGGAUUCCUGCUGGGCGACAGAAUCAUUGGGAGGAGAUGCGAUAGAGGAAUGCCUGCGAGUACCUCCUCGGACGAUACCAUAUGGAGCCAAAGAGGUUUGAUGCAACUCUUUACGGCCGGAAUCAGUAUAGAGGGCCUCCCAGUCCAGAGAUUGAUGCUGCUUGGGACAGGUUCACCACAAACCGCAAGUUCAAUCAUCCUCGAUGGUCUCUGGGUCUGGGCUGACACAAUUCUAGCUUGGAUGGUUGAGACGGCUGCAGUCCUUAAUGUAUCUCGAGAGGAAAUAUACAGCUCUGGAAACGCCGCAGCAUUGGAGACGGUCGUUGAGCUUGAUCAGGACAACGGGGGUGGGUUCAUGGGAACGCUAGAGGUCUUCCACCAAUUACACUGUCUGAAUGUCCUGCGCAAAUGGACAUACUGGGAUCACUAUGUCGACACCGAUCCAUUCUUUCAGACCAGAGCCGAUCAUCGUCGAGAGCAUGCCGACCAUUGUAUCGACGUGUUGCGCCAGGCUCUCAUGUGUAAGAGCGAUCUAGGACUCAUCCUCUUCCACUGGGUCAAGGGCAUCCAAAUCCCUUCGCCGGACUUCAACACUUUGCACCAGUGUCGCGAUCCCGAGGCGGUACUCUCCUGGGCGCGUGCGAACGAGGCCCCAAUCACGCACACCAUCGUCAAGUCGGCGGGUGUCACAGAGGCAGAGCAUCCCUUUUGA